UUCGAGUUCCUGAAAAAGAAGACUCGGUCGGAGAAAAUCCGGUAGUUUUUGUAUCCCGCUUUCGUUACUUAGAUUAUUGCUCCAUUUGCGGAGAGUACGGUCAUAAAACUAUUCAAUGUAGACCAAAAAAAAGUUACCGAAAAAAAUCGGAAGAUCUCUGGCUACCAAACUCUCUACAGCAUUUACUUUCGCUUAUCAACCAGUGUGUUCACUCGAGAAUGCUAGCUAACGGUAGGUAUGAUAUGGAACUUAUGUGGGGGCCUUCCAUUUUACUAGCAGCUGGUUUUAUUGUCCAAGAGAUUUGUCGAGAGAAAGUAAAAGCCAAAGCUCAAGAACUUUCUUUUACAAGAAAUCCUGUAUAUCCUCAAUAUUUUUAUCAUACGUUGGAAGGCAAAGAAGAGACAGUAGGUAAUAAUAACGCUAAGGAUGAAGAAAUUGUCGGCACCGCUGUUUUAGUAAAAAAAUUCAAAAACAGUGUAAGACGAGUUUGUGAUACUUGUCGGAAGCGUAAAAAAGCUUGCGGUCUUAUUGAUCCCACAAGAGCAAAUGAAUUAUGUGAAGCAUUUCAGCGGACGCGUGGAGACGAACCCUAACUUUAUUUGUUAUAACAAAUUGAAAUCUUUACUCCGAUGGCAAUUUUAUAAAAUCUCGCUUUGUUUUAAA